CCUCACACACGCACACUCGCUCGUGCGCAGAGCCAGAUGCAGACUUCCUAACGUCUGUUUUCCGAAAAGAAAAGAGGAUUUUAACGGGAUAAAUUUUACUUUUGACCCGGUUUUGACCGUUUAAAGUGCUUUUCAGUGCUCUGUGACAACAAUAAAAGGAUGAGGGAGGAAGCUGAGCGGUGAACACGGAGAGGGAAAUUAACCUUAUCGCGUGUGAGCCAACUGACGUUAAAUUAAAGGCUAAGAGCUACGAGAGACGUUAAUAAACAAUGAGGGAGACUCCAUCCAGUAUGCAUCAGCAAUCGUCAAAGGAGAUUUUGCUGUGGUUCAAGAUUCCUUACCAGCGAUCUUUGGGACCUUAACGUUCAGGACAACCAUCUACAUCAUCUGCAUCAGCAAAAUCUAUUUUGAUGAUAGCUUUUUAGCUGUAGUAGAGGAUUCAUAACAGAAGAGCUGGACUGUUGCUUGUUUUAACUAAUAAAAUCUGACAGACAGACAAAGGUGGAAGUUCUCCCUGCUGCAGAGACACCUGACAACACCUGAAAAGGAAAGGACAAAGAAGUAAACACUAUCCUAGUGUGUGUUUACCAUGUAGACAAGCGCACAGAGACAGACAGACAGAAAAAGCAAAGUGACAAGUCGACAGACAGCGAGGUCCCUCGCACUCACACGGGUCACAAUGCCAGACGAGUCGCAAGGUUUUCUGGGGAAGGGGAGGCCUGGAGAAGAAGCACCACAGGUGUCUUUAGUGCCGAAGAUUGUGGUCACCUCCAAUGAUAGAGAGGGAAAAAUCCCUGGAGGCAAUAUCCUUGAGCUUGAUGACUUCAGUCAAAUGAAAGACAGAGCAAAACAAUCAGCACAAAGCAGUGAUGUUAACAUUUUGAAAGGAAAUGACAGCUCAAAAAACAAGAAUGAUGACACUUUAAAUGCAAGAAAUCCAACAGUCGGGAGCCAGUUAGGACUAAGUGAGUCGGACGUUCUCGUAGAGCUCGGUGUGGCUAAAACAACACUAGCUCCUGAACCACACAAGGCCAGUUCUUUGUUGAAGGGAACAGGUGUGACCCCGCAGCCUACAGAUCAUGAUUCUCCUAUCAACUCAUCCUCCGAUAGGCUUCAAACUGACAGCAGUAACUCAUCACAUAUGAACAGUGACUCUGACUACAGCAGCACAAAAUCCAGCCCUGGUUACAACGGCACCAGUUUCAGCACUGACCUCUGUGACGAAGAGCUAUUUGAACCUGAUGGAAAAUCAUUUGAAAAAACAAACCCUAUCUCUCCUGUCAAUUUCUCUGAGCCCAGUUUAGACGCUUCUAAUAAAAACAACAAAAGUAAUCCAGACCAUGACAGAGGUGAUUCCAAAACAGACUUUGCUGUUGAACCAAAAGCAGAACACUCACCCAGCUGCAGUUCACCCGCAUACACCGAAGUUUCAUUCGCACAGUCAAGGAGCAGCAUCAAUGGUGGGUGGGACGAUGAAUACGAAGAAGAGGACAGAGACGAGGACAGGCGAAGCGCCCGGUCCAGGCAGAGUGUGAAAGAAGGGGUGUGUUGCUGCUAUCAGGCGUUCCACAGGGCCUGUCUGCAGUGUGUGGAGGAGACUCCGGCUAUGCUGUCUGGACUGGUGCUGUCGUUGGCCUUCUGUGUGGCCCUCAUCGUCCUCAUUCCCACCACAGGAAGGAGCAUCGAUGUCCAUGUGGGCGCUCUGUCGGUGUUGUGUGUGGUUCUCUGUCUGAGUGCCAUCCUGCUCGUCUGUCUGCCCUGGCUGGCAGCGGUGAGGCGCUGUGGAGGAGCCCUGGCCCUCUUUGUCUGGGGAACGCUGUACAUCAUUGCCAUAGUCUUCAUCUUCACUGGGGGACCUGUUACUGCGUGGGAACAGGUAGCGUUUUUCCUCUUCCUCUCUCUGAGUGUGUACACGGUGCUGCCUCUCUCUUUGGCCUGGGCCCUCAUGGUUGGCAUUGGGACCAGCCUUUCACACAUCAUCAUCAUCAGCGUUUACGUCCCCGUCACAAGCCCAGAGACACCAGACCUGGUUGUGCAGCUGGUGGCGAAUGCCAUGCUGUUUGUGUGUGUGAACUGCAUCGGGAUUUUCCAUCUGUGGAUGACCGAGAAAGAUCUCAGGACAUCCAAUCGGAAGAGAGAAGAGUUCAGCGCCAUACGCUCCCAGAAGGAAAUCAGGAAAUAUCAGCAGGAGCAGCUCCUCUUGUCAGUGUUGCCUCGGUACAUCGCCUUGGAGCUGAGAACGGAGGUGAUAAAGAGGCUCAUCAAGCCCAAGGGCGACAAGAACGAAUCCAAAUUCCACAACUUUCACAGCCUCUACAUACGGAAGCACAAAGACGUCAGCAUCCUGUAUGCGGACAUUGUGGGCUUCACAAAGCUGGCGAGUACCUGCACCCCAGAGGAGCUGGUCGCUGUGCUCAACAAGCUCUUUGGCAGAUUCGAUGACAUCGCCAGGAAGAACGGGUGUCUUCGCAUUAAAAUCUUGGGCGACUGUUACUACUGUGUGUCGGGGCUGCCUGACCCCAUUCCCGCCCACGCCAAGAACUGUGUCCAGAUGGGGCUGGACAUGUGCACUGCCAUCAGUAAACUGCGAGAGGCGACAGGAGUUGAGAUCAGCAUGCGGGUUGGUGUUCACACCGGCAACGUGCUCUGUGGUGUGAUUGGCUUGCAGAAGUGGCAGUACGACGUGUGGUCACAUGAUGUUACGUUAGCCAACCACAUGGAGUCAGGAGGUCUUCCUGGGCGAGUUCACAUCACAGAGGAGACAAUGGAGCACUUGAACGGAUUAUAUGAGGUGGAGAUUGGGGACGGGGGGAGUCGGGAUCCUCUUCUUCAGGGAAGAAAAACCUACCUGGUGAUUGACCCCCACAAGCCAGACAGCAUUACCAGGAGACCUAUAACGGCAAACAUUCUGACGUCAGCAGAGAACAGGCAGCGGGCGUCAGUCCGAAUGUCUCAGUACCUGCAGUCCUGGCGAAACAUUCACCCCUUCGCAGAUCUGAGCAACCCUGACGCCAAGUCCUCCAAGAAGUCAAUCAUCCCCACCAGUGCUGCCAUGAACCAAACACAACUGUCAGCAGAAAGACCACCUUUCCAGAACAACCCCAACUGUUUGGUUGUGGAUAAUUGUGUUCGAGGAUCACUGGACACGCUGGACAGUGCAGGGAGAGGCCUAAAGAAGCUCAAUUGUCUUACUCUGCUGUUCAACGACCUGAGCCUGGAGAGGAAGUUCCGCCUAUCAGAGGUUAAGGGUUUACACCACUCACUGAGCUGCAUCGCUUUGGUCUUCGCUACUAUUUUCGCCGUCCAGAUGCUUGUCUCUGAGAAAAACUUUGAGAUGGCUGUGUCGUACGGUGCCACCUUCCCUGUGCUUGUGCUGCUUCUGUCCAUCGCUUUCACUGGGUACUUGGAGAAGUGGCGUUCCAAGAUGCCGUUGGGUGUUCAGUGGAUAUCGGGGCUGUCCCGUGGCGUUUCCACCAGGGCAGUGCUGCGGGUGUUUGUGGUCACUCUCUGCGUGCUCAUCACCCUACUUAUGGCCAUUCUCAACUAUGUCUUCCUCCCUGGAAACAACUGCAUAUCGAUUGACAACACGACAGAGCUCGAGGGUCUUAAACUUUACACUGGGCCUUAUUACCUGUACUGCUGCUUGCUGGCCAUGCUGGGAGUGAUUGUGUUCAUCAGGACGUGCUUGUCUCUGAAGGCGCUGCUGCUCACCCUGGCCGUGGUGGUUUAUCUGGCUCUGUUCCUCCACGUUUACGCCCCGAGGUCCUCCUGCCUCGUCUGCCUGCUUUACAAUCACACCAAUGACAUGCCUGGAGUGCUGAAGGACCCUCAGAUCAUGUCCGGGGUUUGGCUCGUCAUCUUUUACAUCGUAUGCCUUAUACUGGCCAGACAGGAUGAGCUGGGUUGCCGUGUCGACUUCCUGUUGGAUCACUGCUUCCAGGCCGAGAAAGAGGCCAUGGAGACCAUGGAGAACGUCAACAAGCUCCUCCUGCAGAACGUGCUGCCGCUUCACGUCACCUCCUUCUUUAUGGGCAAAACUGUUUGCAACCAGGACCUGUACAGUCAGUCAUAUGACUGCGUGUGUGUGAUGUUCGCCUCAGUGCCUCAGUUCAAAGAGUUUUACAGCGAGAGCAGCGUCAACAGGGACGGUCUGGAGUGUUUGCGCUUCCUCAAUGAGAUCAUAUCAGAUUUUGAUGAGCUUCUCUCCAAGCCCAAAUUCUCUUCAGUGGAGAAGAUUAAAACUAUUGGCAGCACCUACAUGGCUGCUGCGGGACUGACACACGCACCUCCAGGGGACGAACAAAAGAAAGUCGAGAUGUCCUACAGCCACGUGCGCUCCAUGGUGGAGUUUGCAAUCGCUCUCAUGGGCAAACUGGAGCUCAUCAACACACACUCUUUUAACAGCUUUAAACUCAGGAUCGGAAUAAACCACGGUCCAGUGAUUGCAGGAGUGAUUGGAGCUCAUAAACCUCAGUAUGAUAUCUGGGGGAACUCUGUGAAUGUGGCCAGCAGGAUGGACAGCACCGGCGUGUUGGACAAGAUACAGGUGACGGAGGAGACGUCCCAGAUUGUCGAGAGCGUGGGAUACAGCGUCACUCUCAGAGGAGUCGUCAACGUCAAGGGCAAAGGAGAACUCACCACCUACUUUGUUAACACAGAACAAUCGUCUCCUCAUUUCUGACCUCCACAAUCAGAUGCUGAAAAGACCCGAUAACAAACAUUAAGCAGCAAACACUUGUUAGUGUUUGUUUUAAUGAACCCGGUGCACCGGAUGGGACGGUCUAAACCUGACACGUAAUCUGCGCUGACUUGAAGCUGAAACAGAGAUUCAUGAAGGAGCUGCCUUUGUCUUUGGGAUGAGACACUAAAUAAAAUCUCAACCGGAUAAAUGAAGACUACAAGUGGCGACUGAAAGCACAGAGCUUUCCACUCACGGACCAUUUAAUGGCAAAUCACGUUGCUUACUGAAUCUGUUUAUCUGUACUGUAUCUGGGUUAUCCUGUGAAGCUACAGGUGGGUCAAGUCCCCCAUCACACCUCUUUUUACUGUUUUAUUCUGAGAACAUACAAUCUGAAUUAUGCUUUUAUUUUGGUACCCGUGGCUGAAUCACAUGCACUGUCAGACAGUGUUCAUGUGCAAUUUAUUUAAUGGAAAAUAAUAAGGUAUCCAUCUUAGAUGUACCAAAGAUUAGUAGUUUUAUGAUGGAUUUUAUAGAGGUAGUUUGUGCCUCAAAUUACAAAACGGCAUUCACAAUAUAGCUCGUUUUUGCUCUGUUUUAAAUAUUUUUUUGUCGAAGUAUGCUGGUACAAAACACUGUCUUUGUAUGUAGGAAAAAUGGGGCAGAUAUUUGUGUACUUGAAACAGUCCUCUGACACUGAUAAGUUGUUUUUUUCACUGAUUAUUAACCUCCAAAGUUUAGCAAGAUACAUCUGAGGGAUCACAGGAUGAUUCACAGCAAAGGAAAAAAGAAAAAAUGCAAGACUUGUACUGUAUUAAUGUUAUUUUUGUUCUAUUAUCUAUGGUUUUAU